CUUGAGCACAGUACUGACCUCACAAUGGACAGCAGCAAAGACUGCAAGAUGUUGCCCAGGGAAGAUUUGGAGUGUGUGGUGUGCUGCCACGGGUUCUCACGCCGUCAGCGGGUCCCGCGCUUGCUGCACUGCGGUCACAGCUUCUGCACGCCUUGUCUGGAGAAGCUGGCCAAAGUGGACGCCGUGAUCCGGACCAUCUGCUGCCCCCUGUGCCGCUGGAUCAGCUGCACCCGGGCCAGCCAGCCCCUGCCCGGGGUCUUGUGGGUCAACACCGAGAUCUGGGAUCAGGUAGCUGGGGAAGAGCAGACGAAGAGGAGGACCACCGCGGAGGAAGACUCCGAGGAGGUUUCGAACCAGCGGCUUAUCAGACCAGUGUGGUUGGAUUCCAACAACGCAGUUCUCAAGUCGACGCUCCAGAAAAUGUUCAACUGCCUCGGUUCGCAUGAGCGACACGUGCAGGCCUUCUGAUGCUUUUCUUUCUUUCUUUUUUAUUUUUCAAAUGAAUAUUCAACCUGUACAUAGAUUGUGAAGAAAUUGAGUAACUGUGAAAAUGUGAAUUGGAAGAGAAACUUAUUUAGUGGUCAUUAUUUAUCCGUUUCAUAUGCUAUC